GUUAUUGUUUUUAGUUUGAAAGGUGUAUCGUGAAGACGCUGAAUCCACUGUUUCGCUCUGGUUUGUCUUUCGAAUUAUUUAUAAAAAAGAAGUUCAUUUUGCAUGCAAAUAUGGCCAGAGAUUCAGGAAAAAUAAUCGGAUUUUCUUUUAAUUGGCGAAUAGAAGAUUUUACAUUAUGUUUACAUAAUAAGUAUGUAUCGAUCGAUAGCCCUGUAUUUCGAAUCAAACAAUUCCAGAACUCUGCAUGGAGACUUGAGCUCGAUUUACGUGGCGCUGCAGAAGAGAAUAUUAAUCUGAAUUUAUUCAGAUGCAUAGAUGACUUGAAUGAUUCAUCUAAAGUAGCUACUGAUGUAAGGCUAUUUAUCGAAAAAACUGAUGGCUCGUGUGUAUUUACUGAUAGAGUAAAUAUAUUUUUUUCACCAUCAUCUCGUUAUAUCGAACCACUUACCUUAUCUAAAAAAACUGUCUUGGAUACAUACUUAAACAAAGAUAUUCUAACUGUUGGACUCCAUUUUUUCAUAAGCUCCGAACCUUUUCUGCUAGAAAAUGUACCUGUUGAAUGUAACGCGCGUUCGAAACUGAUUAAGACGGAAUACUCAAUUCUUCUGCCUCUGAAGGUCUCUGAAAUGUACAAUAAUUCUGAAUAUUCCGUGACCUCUCCCUUUGCGUCCACCUCAACAGAACACCCAGAAUUUCAAAUCGAAUUGCAUUGUUAUGUUUGCAACGAUAAUAAGAACCCAGUUACAAUUACCAUCCACAUGGCGAAAUCGGAUUUUAAAGGGUUUUUGCAAUGCAAGUUAUCAUUUUUAAAUAAAGAAGUCGUUAAGUAUAUGUGCAAAAAUAAUUAUACGUUUGUACCAGGGAUGGAUGACCCUGCUUGGAGGAUUGAUAUUUCAAAGGAAACUUACAGUAAAUAUUCCAUUUCGGAUUCUCUUUGUUUGAAAUGUGAACUACUUGCAUCAACAGGAAAAUUUACUUCAAUUUUGGAGAAGACUGUUUACAAACAAGAAAUUUCCGAUGAUUCAAAUAGCAACAGUUUUAAUAUGAGCUAUCUUCAAAGUAACUUGUUAGAAAUGUACGAGAACAAAAUUUUAUGCGACUUCAAAGUGCUUGUUUCCGGAAAAGAAUUUUCGGUUCAUAAAACGAUUCUUUCUGCAAUGUCGCCCGUAUUCCAAGCUAUGUUCGAAAGUGGUAUGACUGAAACAGCGAAGUCACAAGUGACCAUUGAAGAAUAUUCUGUCGACGCAGUUGAAAAAAUGCUAAAUUUCUCGUACAGCAACAGGGUGACAGGCCUUGAAUGGAAUGCUUCACUAGAACUAUAUUCCAUUGCGGAUAAAUACCAAAUCCAAAAAUUAAAAACUAUUUGUUCUUCGUUUCUUGAAUCCACUUUAAGUGCUGAAAGAGUGCCAGACUUAUUAGCCCUGGCAAACUUGCACGAAGAUGCUCAUUUGAGCAAAAUAGCCGAUAAUUUCAUUUGCGGUAAUUCAAAAGCUGUAUUUCAAUCGACCGUUUGGGAAAAUUUUAUGAAGGUUAAUGCUCAGGUUGCUUCUGAAACUAUGUAUCGCAUUUGCAAGUUGUUUUCUGAGAUCAAUAUCAACCCACUGGAUUAAAAUUUCUAGUUGAGCUGAUAUUGCACUGUUGCUUUAAAAAUUGAGAGAGCAGCCCAGCAACCAUCACAUUUCAAUACAACUCUUAAUGUAUGAUGUAUUGUAUCUUACGAAUAUAUUAAUAAAAAUUGUGUUACUGAUGCAUCUCUUAUAUGUGAGAUAUUACGUUACAGUUGAAUUAUAGCAAUGGUAACAUCUGCUGUUAAUUUAGUACUCAGUGAUCUUUUUCAUUUUUUAGAUUUCUUGCUCAGUUGAUAUUGCAUUGUUGCUUCAAAAAAUGAGAGAGCAACCCAGUAACCAUCACAUUUCAAUACAACUUCUAAAAUAUGAUGUAUUGUAUUUAACA